AUCUUUCAGAUGGGGAUUGAUCUGUGCAACACAUCCCGCAACGAUUAUGGCUGUGGCGUUUGCCCUGGUCAUUGUGGCCUCGGCUGGUUCAAUGUUUAUCCAGAUCGAAACGGAUCCAGUCGAAUUAUGGUCCUCCAGAAAUUCCAGGUCUAGAGUGGAAAAAGAUUUCUUUGAGACGGCAUUUCAACCGUUUUUCCGUGUGCAACAAGUUAUCUUAAAACCCAAAUUCAACCAAUCCUUCUUAUACAAGAACCUGUUUGAUGAAGAAAUCCUAGUGGGAUCUGCCUUUCAGCCGGAGUUCAUGCUCAAAACGUUGUCGCUACUUAAAGCAAUCCAAGGCAUCACUGCUGGAGAUGGAACCACAUUGGCCGAUGUUUGCCAUAAGCCUUUGUCUCCUGAUUCUCAGGAGUGUAACAUCCAAUCUAUUUGGGCUUACUGGCAAGAUGACCCCUUCAAGUUCAAUUUACACGGAAUCAAUCCGGAUACCCAGCAUAAUGAUACUUACUUGGAUCACUUCUUGCUCUGCGCGAGGAAUCCCACACUUCAGGAAGAUCAGACUGCCAUGAAACUAGGUUGCAUGUCCAAAGGUGGAGUGCCAGUUCAACCGGUCUACGUUCUGGGCGGAUUUGACUCCACUAAAGAGCCAAAUGGCCAUGGAGCAGAAGAAUUCACGAAUCCCACGGCGCUUAUCAUCACAAUACUUCUGAAUAACAAUCGGAAUGACACGAGCCAGGCAAUGGCUUGGGAAAAAGAGUUUGUGGACUUCAUGUUGGCCAAGAUUGAGGAGGAAUCAGAUUUUGUGGACAUCACAUUCAACUCAGAGAGAUCCAUCCAAGAUGAGCUGGAACGAUCCAGCUUGGGAGAUUUGGGUGUGAUUUUGAUAUCCUAUUCCACUAUGUUGGUGUAUAUCAUGAUAUCCCUAGGGAAAGUCUACUCAUGGCGGACGCUGUUUGUGGACAUCAAGGUCACAUUGAGCUUGAUUGGAACCAUUGGCGUCCUUUUGGCUAUCUCUUCAGCAAUCGGAAUGCUUGGCUUUAUUGGGGUACCCACAACCCUGGUGAUAUUCCAAAUUCUACCCUUUCUGAUCUUGGCCGUGGGUGUGGAUAACAUUUUCAUUCUGGUGAACACCGCCCAACUCAUUAAAGAGGACACACAGAAGGAUGUGAUUGAAGUGGUGGGUUUGACUCUGAGCCGAGUGGGACCCUCCAUGUUAAUGUCCACUGUGGCUCAAGUGACUGCUUUCUGCUUGGGCUCGAUAUCCGACAUGCCCGCCGUGCGAUCUUUUUCUUUGUAUGCGGCGGUCUCACUGGCGUGGAAUUUCCUGCUUCAAAUGAGCAUCUUCAUAGGAGCUCUGUGCCUCGACCUGAAACGCCAACACGCUCAACGGGCGGAUGUCUUUUGUUGCCUUCAACGCAAUCCUCGCGAGCCUUUGGCAAUCAGUGAUAGUGAAGGAUUGUUCCAACGCUUCUGGAGCACCCUGUACGUUCCCUUUUUGUUCGCCCCAAUUGUUAGAACACUCGUGGUGGUUCUUUUUGCAGCCUGGACUUGUGCUUCUGUGUGGUUGAUCCCUCAAAUUCGAAUUGGCCUUGAACAAGAGAUAGCCAUGCCGGAUGACUCUCACGUCCUUAAGUACCUCAAUGCUCUGAAGACAGAUCUGUCAGUGGGGCCUCCACUCUAUUUCGUAGUGAACCGAACCCGGAGCGAUUCCCCCUUCAACUUUGCUUUGGGAGAAAGUCAGAACAAGGUGUGCGGGGGUCGGGGUUGCAACUCGGACGGAUUGCAAGCCCAAAUCAAGCUCUGGAGCCGUCGACCUCAGUUGACCCGUUUGGCAACUCCUGCGCAAUCUUGGAUAGACGACUUUUUCUCUUGGGCCCAAUACUGCUGUAAACAUGAUGGCACCGGGCAAACUUGCACGGGUACUAGUGACUCUGGCAAUGAAUAUGGGGAUUAUGGGAUCUAUGGGGACUACGGCUCUUAUGGCGACUAUGACCCAACAGAAGCUUCUCGUUGUGAACCUUGUGUGAGUCAGGGCGAUCGACCCUCUUCUGAUUUGUUUGGCUUGUUGGUGACUCGGUUUCUGGCCCAAAAUCCCGACGCCAACUGUCCUAAGGCGGGCAAGGCCGCCUACCGACACGCCCUGAACUUGAGGGCCUUGCCUAAUGAGUCCGUAGAAGUGGACGCCAGCAGCUUCUUUGCCUUCCACACCGUCCUGAGGGAUUCAAAUGAUUUUACCGAGGCCCUUCGGUGGAGUCGUCGCUUGGCCGACAACCUUACCUCCAUGCUCAACACACCCCAAGACCAAGGGGUGGCAGUGUUUGCUUACUCCAUUUUCUAUGUCUUCUACGAGCAGUACCUCACCAUGUGGACUGACACGUGUUGGUCGCUCUCCCUGGCCAUUGGGGCCGUUUUCUUAGUGAUUCUUGUCAUGACCGGCCUGGACCUGUUUUCUGCCGUGGCAAUCAUUGUUACCAUCUUACUGACCCUCAUUAAUCUGGGGGGGUUGAUGGUGGUCCUUGGAAUCGGCCUAAACGCCAUUUCCUUGGUUAACAUGAUCAUGACAGUUGGGGUCGGAGUGGAGUUCAGCAGUCAUCUGGUCCAGGCAUUUCGCAUCCAUGCGGCUCCCACAGGGAUUGAGCGAAGUCGUGCUGCCCUCAUUGAAUGGGGACCGACCCUUUUCUCCGGAGUGCACUUGACUAAUGCCAUAGGCGUGGUGAUACUGGCCCUAUCCAAAUCUCAAAUAUUUCACGUCUACUUCUUUCAAAUGUACAUGAGCAUUGUGCUUCUAGGCAUGCUUCAUGGCAUGGUUCUCUUGCCUGUGAUUCUUUCCUUUUGGGGCCCCGAACCCCAAGGGAAACCAUAGCCAUUUCGAAGAUGGUUACAUCUCAUCCAAUGAUAAGGUGCAUAAAAGUUUUCAAUCAAAUGAGAACAAUUCCAAAGUAAUUUUCGUACAACAUCCCUCCUCAGUUAUUCAUCGUAAUUCGUAAUUAAUCAUCAUCUUUGUCGAAGCCAAAGCAAAUACCUUAAUCAACAUAUUUCUUCACACCAUCUUGUCAGCUCUUUUUCUUAUUCUUACAAUAAAAAAACCAUUAGUUACGAACCCUAA